AUCCUACGAAGGCUGGGCCCGGCCAAAGGAGGCCCAAUAGAGGGCGGUCUGUCCUUUCCCAGCAGGCUGGGCACACUGUCAGGCGUCCUCCUUUGGGUGGCUAUUUUAACUGCUCAUGUAUCCUUUUCUUCUAUGAAAAGAUCCAGAAAAGAGGCAAAGCAAGCGAGAAGUCGCGGGCCCAGCCCACAGCAGGGUAAGCACCUUUGUUCGGGGUCUGAAUCGGGGCGAAUAUCCCCGCCUCCUGACCUCGAUUUUCCUGAGCUAGAAGGCACCUUUCGACCCUCCGACUUGUGCCUAUACUAAAGCGGUGGCCCUAAGACGACGCGGGGGUUCUGGUGCGCACUUACGUGCAGUCGGAUGCGCUGGGUGAGUUCCCACACCCGGUAGAUGUAAGGGAAAAACUGCAUUACCCAGAAGGCACUGCCCCUUGCGUCGGCCGCGGACUCUGGGCCAUUGACGACCCAGGACAGGAGAGUUUUCUGCCGGCCAGGGCGGCGGAGGCGGGACUUCCGCUUCUUCGUGUGACGUCAUCUCCGUGGGCCGGUUUGGCCCUGAAACAGUGUGGGGCCUAGAGCGCUGGGUGGGCGCGUUCUGCGGCCUGAGCAGGGACGGGUAGUGAAGCGGUUACGCCCCUUCUUCGCGUCUUGGCGGGAGCCUGACGCCCCGCUUCUCCCCUAACGAGGUGUCCCACCGGCGCCCGCCGAGGCCUAGGCCUCCGCAGCCGCCCUCCGUCUCCUCAGCCCCGACGCUGCGCCUUGGGCCUUGUGCGCAUUUUUUUCGGGGGAAAACUGAGGCUCGGAGUGCGAAAGUCAGCCGAGGUCGCCCCGCCCAGGACAGAGAAGGGCCGUGGUCGGCUGAUCCGCGGCAUUCCCGGGAUGGCGGCGGCGUGGAUGGCUCCGGCGCAGGAGUCUGUGACCUUCGAGGAUGUGGCUGUGACAUUUACCCAGGAGGAGUGGGGGCAGUUGGACGUGACCCAGAGGGCCUUGUACGUGGAGGUGAUGCUGGAGACCUGUGGGCUUCUGGUCGCACUGGGUGACAGCACAAAACCUGAAACCGUAGAACCUAUCCCUUCUCACCUGGCCUUGCCUGAGGAAGUCUCACUCCAGGAACAGCUGGCACAGGGAGUCCCAAGAUACUCCUACUUGGGGCAGGCCAUGGAUCAAGAUGGGCCAUCUGAAAUGCAGGAAUACUUUUUGAGACCAGGGACAGACCCACAGAGUGAGAAACUCCAUGGGAACAUGAGCCUUGAACACGAAGGUUUGGCGACAGCUGAUGGUAUAUGUUCAAUGAUGAUACAGAACCAAGUCUCACCAGAAGAUGCUCUCUAUGGAUUUGACUCAUAUGGACCAGUUACAGAUUCCUUGAUUCAUGAAGGGGAAAAUUCCUAUAAAUUCGAGGAAAUGUUUAAUGAGAAUUGCUUCCUUGUUCAGCAUGAGCAGAUUCUCCCUCGUGUGAAGCCCUAUGAUUGCCCAGAAUGUGGGAAAGCCUUCGGCAAGAGCAAACACCUCCUUCAGCAUCACAUCAUCCAUACUGGGGAGAAGCCCUAUAAAUGCCUGGAGUGUGGGAAAGACUUCAACCGCAGGUCACACCUCACACGGCACCAGCGGACUCACAAUGGAGAUAAGCCCUUUGUGUGCAGUGAAUGUGGAAGGACCUUCAAUCGUGGGUCGCACCUUACACGGCACCAGCGGGUUCACAGUGGAGAGAAGCCUUUUGUGUGCAAUGAAUGUGGAAAGGCCUUUACCUACCGCUCCAAUUUUGUCUUGCAUAACAAGAGCCACAAUGAGAAAAAACCCUUCGCAUGCAGCGAAUGUGGAAAAGGCUUUUAUGAGAGUACAGCCCUCAUUCAACACUUCAUUAUCCAUACUGGGGAGAGGCCCUUUAAGUGCCUUGAGUGUGGGAAGGCCUUCAACUGCAGGUCACACCUCAAGCAGCAUGAGCGGAUUCACACUGGUGAGAAGCCCUUUGUGUGCAGUCAAUGUGGAAAGGCCUUCACUCACUAUUCCACCUAUGUCCUGCAUGAAAGAGCCCACACUGGAGAAAAGCCUUUUGAGUGCAAAGAAUGUGGGAAAGCCUUUAGCAUUCGAAAAGACCUCAUUCGACACUUCAACAUCCACACUGGAGAGAAGCCCUAUGAGUGUUUACAGUGUGGAAAGGCUUUUACCCGCAUGUCAGGGCUCACAAGGCACCAGUGGAUUCAUACUGGAGAGAAGCCGUAUGUAUGCAUCCAAUGUGGGAAAGCCUUUUGUCGGACCACAAACCUGAUUCGACACUUUAGCAUCCACACUGGAGAGAAGCCCUAUGAAUGCGUGGAGUGCGGGAAGGCCUUCAACCGCAGGUCACCCCUCACAAGGCACCAGCGGAUUCACACUGCAGAGAAGUCCCACGAACCCAUCCAGAGUGGGAACGUUUCUUGCGAGAGCACAGAUCUCAUUCAACACUCCAUCAUCCACACUGAGAGUAGCCCAGUGAGUGCAGUGAAUAUGGAAACGCCUUCAAUUGCCGCUCAUUCCUCCUCACUCGACAUCAACGGAUUCAUAGUGGAAGAAACCCUACCAUUGUAACAGAUGUGCAAAGACUUUUUACGUACACUUCAGUCAACAUCCAAGAAUUCCUAUUAGCGAAAUAGUUUUUUAAUAUAACCACUGAAGAAAAUCUGUGGUGAGAGGAAACAUCUUACCAUCUGGUCAUUCAUACUGAAGAGAAACUCCAUAAGUAUCAUCUCUGUGGGAAAACCUGUUUUAGAUCAUCAUUUGUCAUCUAAACAAUUAUGUUAGAAAUUGACACAGCCAAGAGUCUUAUUCUACAUCUGAUAAUUCACCCAUGAGAGAGACCCAGUGGUUACUGUGCACUUAGGAAAACCUUCAGCCACAUCUUUCUUGUUAGUUUACAGUGAAAUGUUAUCUCAGGGACAUUCAAACAAAGGAGGAGGAGUCAUAGGGAAGAGAAAGAAAUGGAAGCACAGCUUCUUUCAGACUUCCCUGACAAGCCCAUGGCAAUUUGUCAUCCCCUCCUUAUUUUAUUUGGGAGAGGGAAAUGUUUCAGAAACAAAAGGGCCUCAUCCCCUUUAUUUUCCCUGUGUAUACAUUCACUGCUGUCCAGUGCUGUAGACAAACGGUUUGUUUGAAAACAUUUUGUGAAAGCCUACUUGGUUCCACAGCAUUGUCUCCACUCUUGAGGAGCAGAAGCAUAUAUCUUUAUGAGAAAGAUGGAGGCUUGAGUUAUGAAAUACUUUUACAUUUAAGGAGAUAAAGGAUGUACAUAUGAAUGGGCACAUUUUACUGCACACUUCAGACGCUUUGAUUUUUUAAAAAAAAUUGUUUCUCCAUGUGUCUUUAACCACCCAGUACCAUACUUUUUUCUUGAUCUGGAUCUACUUGUUAAUUUCUUCUUUAUUUUUAUGUAGGAUGGAGAUGAUAUUGUAGCUGUUUGUACAUAAUGUAAUCCAGGGAGUCCUAAUUCUUCCCUCUGAUUGUGGUUUCUCAGCUUCUUUACUCCUCUUUAGAGAGAGUAAAUAGUUCAAAAUUCACCUCAACAAUUUUCUGGAGGUCAAUUUGGAACCAAAAAUGAAAUAAGACAUGUAGCUAAAGUAAGUUAAAAGAUUAUGAUAAACUCAGAAAAUAAACACAGAGAAGGAAUCUCAUUUUUCAGUCUUACAGAAGAUUGUGUGAAGGCUGACUAUAUAUAAAGUGACUGGAAUUUUAACAGGUGAACCUGCAUACGUAUAUGCAGGUAGUUGUCACCAUGGAUUGAGUCCAGUCGUAAUAAUUAAUAUGUUUAAUCAGAAUAUUUUGGAAUUUCUCUUUUGGUAUUCUUUUUGUUUCUUUUAUUGUUUUUAAUUGACAAUGUUUAUGGGGUUUGGUGUGAUAUUUCAAUACAUGUGUGCUAAGAGUAAUGAUCAAAUCAGGGUAAUUAGCAUAUCCAUCUCAAUCAUUUAUCAUUUCUUUGUGUUUAGAAACAUUCACAGUCUGCUUUUCUAGCUAUUUGAAAAUAUAAAAUGUAUUGUUGCCAAUUGUACUCAUUCUACAGUGCCACAGAACACUACAACUUAUUCAAAUGGAAUCUUACUUGCUGUAAUUUUGUAUUUGUUAACCAAUCUCUAUCUGCCUCUCUGCUGUCCUUCCCAGCCUCUGGUUACCACCAUUCUCAACCUUUUAUGCUUGCAUAUGAGUAGAAACAUGGAGUAUUUCUCUUUCUGUGUCUAGCUUAUUUCACUUAAUGUCUUUCAAGCUCAUUCAUGUUGCUGUGAAUGACAGGUUUAUUUUUCAUGGCUGAGUAGUAUUCCAUUGUGUAUAUAUGCCAUGUUUUCUUUCUUCAUUCGUCUGAUAAUGGACACUUAGAUUGAUUUCUUAGCUAUUAUGAAUAGUGCUUCAAUAAACAUAGGAGUGUAGAUCUCUCUUUGACAUAUAGAUAUAUUUGUUUUUGCAUAUAUGCCCAGUAGUGGUAUAGAUCAUUACCAGUGGAUCAUAUGGUAGUUGUAUUUUUAACUUUUGUUUAUUUUUCAUUUUUUAAAAUGGGGUCUUGCUGUGUUAUUCAGGCUGGUCUCAGACUCCUGGGCUCAAGCAGUCCUGCACCUCAGCCUCCUGAGUAGCUGGGACUACAGGCACACACCACCGUGCCUGGCUAUAGUUUUAGAUUUUUGAGGAACAUCCAUACUGUUUUCCAUAUGGCUAUACUAAUUAGCAUUCCUACCAGCCAUAUAUAAGAGUUCCCCCUUUUCCAUGUUCUCAGCAGCAUUUUUUAUUUUUUAUCUUUGGUAAUAGCCAUCCUAACUGAGGUGAAAUUAUAUCUCAUUGUGGUUUUGAUUUGCAUUUCCCUGAUUAGUGAUGUUGAGCAUUUUUUCAUAUACUUGGCCAUUUGUAUGUCUCCUUUUGAGGGAUGUCUAUUCACCUUAUUUACUCAUUUUAAAAUCAGAUUUUUUAUUUUUAUUUUUUUUGGCUAUUGAGUUCCUUUUGUAUUCUGGAUAUUAAUCCCUUUCAGAUGAAUAGUUUGCAAAUAUUUUAUCCCACUCUACUAGUUGUCUCUUCAUUCUGUUGUUUCCUUUGCUGUGCAGAAGUUUUUUAGUUUAAUAUAAUCCCUUUGUUUAUUUGUGCUUUUGUUACCUUGAUUUUUAGGUAUUCAUAAAAUCCUUGCCCAGACCAAUAUCCAGAAGCAUUUCCCCUGUUUUCUUCUGUAGUUUCAUAGUUUUUGCUCUUACAUUUAAGCUUUCAAACCAUUUUGAGUUGAUUAUCCUGAGAGCAUAGAUUCAAAUUGCCCUAAAAAUACAUUCCCAAUUUUUGUUUUUGCUUUUUAAUUAUUUUUUAGAGACAUAGUCUCACCACAUUGCCCAGCUUGGUCCUGAACUCCUGGACUCAAGUGAGCCACAACUCAGCCUUCUGAGUAGCUAAGAUUACAGGUAUGAGCCAGCAUACUUGGUGUUUUGAGUUGAUUUUUGUGUAUGGUGAGAGAUGAGUCUACUUUCAUUCUUCUGCAUAUGAAUAUCCAGUGUCCCAGCACCAUUUAUUGAAGAGACUGUCCUUUUCCCAGUGAAUGUUCUUUGUGCCUUUGUUAGAAAUCAGUUGGCUGUAAAUGGGAUUUAUUCCUGGGCUCUCUGUUUUGUUCCAUUGGUUUGUGUGGUUUUUAAAAAAUACCUGUACCAUGCUGUUUUGGUUACCAUCACUUUGUAGUAUAUUUCAAGGUCAGGUAGUGUGAUAACUCCCAUUUUGUUCUUUUUGCUUAGGAUUGCUUUGGAUAUUCAGUAUCUUCUGUGAUAUCAUGAAUUUUAGGAUUACUAUUUCUAUUUCUGUGAAAAAUGUCAUUGGUAUUUUGUUAAGAGUGCAUUGAAUCUGUAGAUCACUUGAGGUAGUAUGUUCAUUUUUUUUCAUAAGCUAUCUCUUACAGGAAAGUAUGUUCAUUUUUAUAUUAACCAUUCUAAUCCAUGACCAUGGGAUGUUUUUCCAUUUUUAUGUGUGUCCUCUUUGAUUUACUUCAUCAGUGUUAUAUAGUUUUCCAUGUAUUCUUAUUUUAUUUUUGUUGAAGUAUUGUAAAUGGGAUGGCUUUCUUGAUUUCUUUUUCAGCUAAUUCAUUGUUGGUGUAUAGAAAUGCUGCUGAUUUUUGCAUGUUGAUUUUAUAUCCUGCAAGUUCAGUGAAUUUAUCAGUCCUAAGAUUUUUUUGGUGCCACUUUUGGAGUUUAGGGUUUUCUAUAUAUUUGAUCCUGUCAUGUGCAUACAGGGAUAAUUUGACUUCAUGCUUCCUGAUCUGCAUGCCCUUUAUUUCUUUGUCUUGCCUGAUUACUCUGUCUCAGACCUUUUGUACUUUGUUAAAAGGUGUGAAAGUGGGCAUACUUGUUUUGUUUCAGAUUAUAGAGAGAAAGCUUUCAGCACUUUCCCAUUAUGCAUGAUGUUAGCUGUGGGUAUGUUAUUUAUUACCUUUAUUAUGUUGAGGUACGUUCUUUCUAUUAUUAUUAUAAUUUUUUUUUUUUUUUUUUUUUUUUUGAGACGGAGUCUCGCUCUGUCGCCCAGGCUGGAGUGCAGUGGCGCGAUCUCGGCUCACUGCAAGCUCCGCCUCCCGGGUUCACGCCAUUCUCCUGCCUCAGCCUCCCGAGUAGCUGGGACUACAGGCGCCCGCUACCACGCCCGGCUAAUUUUUUGUAUUUUUAGUAGAGACGGGGUUUCACCGUGUUAGCCAGGAUGAUCUUGAUCUCCUGACCUCGUGAUCCGCCCGCCUCGGCCUCCCAAAGUGCUGGGAUUACAGGUGUAAGCCACCGCGGCCGGCCCAUUCUUUCUAUUAUUAUGUGUAAUUUGUUAAGAGUUUUCAUCAUGAAGGGAUAUUGAAUGUUACCAGAGGCUUUUUCUCCACCUAUGGAGAUAAUCACAUUUUUUGUUCUUCAUUCUGUUGAUUUAUCAUGUUUAUUGUUUUGUGUAUGUUGAACCCAUUCUUGCAUCCCUAGAAUGAAUUCCACUUGGUCAUGGUAAACAAUCUUUUUGAUGUACUUUUGGAUUUGGUUGGCUAGUAUUUUGUUGAGGAGUUUUGCAUUUAUGUUCAUCAGGAAUAUUGGCCUGUAGUUUUCUUUUGCAUGUGUGUGUCCUUAUCUGGUGCUUGUGUCAUGGUAAUGCUGGCUUGUGGAAUGAGUUUAGAAUAAUUCCCUCCUCUUCAUUAUUCUGGGAAAGUUUGAGAAGAAUUCAUAUUUAAUUCCCCUAAAAUGUUUGGUAGAAUUCAGCAGUGAAGCCAUGAGAUCAUGGACUUUCCUUUGAUGGGUGACUUUUUAUUACUGAUUAAAUCUUGUUACUCAGAAUUGGUCAGUUGAAAUUUUCUGUUUCUUCUAGGUUCAAUCCUGAUGGGUUGUAUUUGUCUAGGAAUUUAUUUUCUGUAGGUUUUCCAACUUUUUGGUUUGUAGUUGUUCAUAAUAGUCUCUAAUGACUCUGUAUUUUUGUGGUAUCAGUUGCAGUGUCAGUUUUGUAUGUGUUUGAUUUUGAGUCUUUUCUCUUGGUUAGUCUAAUGGUUUCUUUUCAAAAAAUGAACUUUUCAUUUUGUUGAUCCUUUGAAUUUUUUUUUUAAGUCUCAGUUUUAUUUAUUACUCUUCUGAUCUUUGUUAAUUCUUUCCUUGUAAUUUUGGGUCUGAUUUGUUCUUUUCUAGUUCCUUGAGAAGCAUUGUUAGAUUUUUCUUUUUUCUUUUUUUUUUUUUUUAAGAGACAGGGUCUUACUGUGUUACCUAGGCUGGAAUGUAAUGGUACAAUCAACUCAAACUCCUGGGCUCAAGUGAUCCUCACACCUCAGUUUUGAAUUCUUGGGCUCAAGUAGUUCUCCCACCUCUGCCUCCAGAAUAGCUAGGACUACUGGUAUGCACUAUCAUGACCAGCUAAUCUAUUUUUUUUUUUUUUUUUUUUUUUUUUUAGAGAUAGGGUCUUGCUAUAUGGCCCAGGCUAGUCUUGACCCAGCAUCAAGUCAUCCUCCUGCCUUGGGCUCCCAAAGCACUGGGAUUACAGGUGUGAGCCACCAUGCCCAGCCAGAUCUUUCUUGUUUUUGAUGUAGGUGUUUAUUACUAAAUACUUCCCUCUUAAAACUGCUCUUGCUGCAUCCCAUACAUUUUUAUAUGUUGUGUUUCUGUUUUCACUCAUUUUAAGACAUUUAAAUUUUUUUUCUUAAUUUCUUCAUUACCCAUUGGUCAUUCAGAAUCAUGUUAUUUAAUUUCCAUUUAUUUGUGCUGCUUUAAAAGUUCCUCUUGUUAUUGAUUUCUAGGUUUAUUUCAUUGUGGUCAGAAAGGUACUUGAUGUGAUUUUAAUUCUUUUAAUUUUUGUGAUUUGUUUUGUGGUUUAACAUGUGGCCUCUCCUUGAAAAUAUUGCAUGUGCUUAUGAAAAAAAAUAUGUAUUCUGUAGCUGUUGGAUGAAAAGAUCUGUUAGUGUCUUUUAAGUCCAUUUGGUCUAAAGUCAGUUUAAACUUGGUGUUUCUUUGUUGA